CGAACACUUUUUUAAAACUCGAGACGUUUGAGAAUAAGUCUUGGUGAAGCUUGGUUUUCUUCCUUUGCUUUUCUUUGCUUCUUCUCUUUUUCGUCUUUUAAUCAAAUCACAAUGGAGUUCGUCCAAAAGUCGAUAUCGCGAUGGUCGGCCAUCGUCACUAUCCUCUGCGUGGCUCUGGCCAACGCUCACAGUGUCAUCGUAUACCCAGGAUACAGAGGAAACAAUCUACAUACCAACGGUACCGUUGAAGAUGCAAAUGGCUUGGGUGCAGCAUACUUUAACAACUCGCUGAUCUACCCUUACGGCAUGGAGUGGAUUUAUCCAUGUGGUGGCAUGCCUACUACAACAAACCGAACCAAAUGGCCUACCACCGGAGGCGCUGUCUCAGUUCAACCUGGCUGGUUCCCAGGUCACUCCAGCGCCCUCAUCUACAUCAACCUGGGUCUGGGAACUGUGCCUCCGAACAUGAGCCAUCCCAUGGUUAAGCCCUUUCAGAUCGUCGGUCCUACCAAUAACCCUUACCCGGGUACCUUUUGUCUGCCCCAGGUCCCGCUGCCAGCCGAUAUUUCUGUUAAGGCGGGUGACAAUGCCACUAUCCAGGUCGUUGAGACCGCUCAGCACGGUGCUGCUUUGUAUAAUUGUGUGGAUAUCACAUUCGCCGAUCCCCAAGACCCCGAACUCCAAGAAGUUACCCGCGAUAACUGCUUCAACUCGUCGGAUAUUUCAUUCGACUUGAUUGUAACUACCUCCGCGCUGACGUCCGACGCAGCUGUGCUGCCAUCAUUCGGACUGGCCAGUUUGAUCUUGGCGGUGGUGGUAAUGGGUGUACUGAUGUCUUAGAUACCUUUUCUGUUUUCUGUUUUUGCCUUUAGUUUCUUUUUUGCUAUCCAGUACUAUACAUACCCCACGAGUUACUGCAUGAUAUCUUUGAUUCGUCCAUCUGACCCCGUUUAUACUAUGAUUUGAUCUAUUAUGAAAACUGAAAACCGAAAUGACUCUGGACGUCGUGGAUUUCAUUCUCUUGUCUUGAUGACAAACAUAUAUACCUAUCUACCUAUCUAUCUACCUAAUCUGGCGCUACGCUACUAUCUCUUCGAUGAUUAACUGAAUCAAAAUCAAUCAAGCCAUAAAGUCGAGUAUAUCAAACUACGAUCCAUCCUUAGUUAAUACCCUUCACCAACUCCAGAAUAACCUCAACCACAACCUCCGGACUCUCCUGCGGAGUCCAAUGUCCAGCCCCAUCAACCAACCUCACCACCCGAAGAUCACUACAGACCUCCCCCGCCAUCAUCUUCUCCAACGCCCCGGGUUCCUGAUAAU